CCUCAAGAAACAGCUUCAAGGUCUCAUACCUUCAAAAAUAAGUCUUUUAAGAAAUCCAGUAUCUGUGGAUUCCUCAAAGAAGUCAUUGAUAGCCAAGGAAUUUCCCACAGAGGUUUAAAAACUCUCUUGCUUUUAACCUGUGUCUGGGUUAACAGUGGAAGAAAUUGCUUCAACUGCUCAUGAGAACUGAAGUUGGAAUACAGCCAGGUCUCGAUUAUUUUGCUUCAUCUGGGAAGAAAUGUGCUGUUUGUGUAUAUGGAGUUAGAAGAAAAAAAGGUGGUGACACCCUGCUUUCUUCCGAGCAGCUAUGAGCUGGCUAAUAACUUUGAGAUGGUUAAAAAUCAUGUAACCAGAAGACAUGCUGGAGUGUAUAGAACUGUUACACUGUGCCUUGGAAUAGGUUGGAGAAUUUCUUCUGAUUCCUGUCCAUGGCUUGAGGAAUGAAAAUACAUCACAGAUCUGGUUCAAAUGCAUUCAGAAUUCCAGCAGUGUUUUGAAGAACUCAUCUUUCAGUUGUGACAAAGUAUCACGAAGUGCAGACUUUGAUCACAUUAUGGAGGAAAGCUCUGAACUUGACCUCACUUACAUCACAGAGCGGAUUAUUGCUGUAUCCUUCCCUGCUGGCUGUUCUGAGGAAACUUACCUCCACAAUCUACAAGAAGUAACACAAAUGCUCAAAUCCAAACAUGGUGAUAAUUACUUGGUAUUAAACCUCUCUGAAAAGAGGUAUGACCUUGGCAAGCUUAACCCAAAGAUUAUGGAUGUGGGGUGGCCUGAUUUCCAUGCUCCACUUCUUGAUAAGUUGUGCACCAUCUGCAAGGCUAUGGAGUCCUGGCUGGACAAUGAUCCUCAACACGUGGUGGUGAUCCAUUGCAGAGGAGGAAAAGGAAGAAUAGGUGUAGUCAUAUCAUCAUAUAUGCACUUUACCAAUGUUUCUGCAAGUGCUGAUCAGGCUCUAGACAGAUUUGCUAUGAAGAAAUUCUUUGAUGAUAAAGUUUCAGCUUUAAUGCAGCCAUCCCAAAGAAGAUACGUGCAGUUCUUAAGUGGCCUUCUAUCUGGAUCUGUGAAAAUGAAUGCAACCCCUCUUUUCCUGCACUAUGUUAUCCUUCAUGGCAUCCCCAACUUAGAUGCUGGGGGAGCUUGUUGGCCUUUUCUGAAGUUAUACCAGGCUAUGCAACCAGUUUAUACAUCUGGAAUAUAUAGCAUACAGUCAGAAAAUCAGAGUCGAAUCUGCAUUGCUAUAGACCCUGCCCAGCUUUUGAAAGGAGAUAUUAUGAUAAAGUGUUAUCACAAAAAAUACAGGUCAGCUACUCGUGAUGUGAUUUUUCGCCUUCAGUUUCAUACUGGCGCUAUUCACGGACGUGGCUUGGUGUUUGGCAAAGAAGAUUUGGAUCAUGCCAACAAAGAUGACCGUUUUCCUGACUACAGCAAGGUGGAAUUAGUGUUUUCAGGAACUCCAGAGAAAAUUCAAGGACGUGAACACCUUCAGAAUGAUCAUGGAGUAAUAGUUGAUUACAAUACAUCAGACCCACUGAUACGCUGGGAUUCCUAUGAAAAUAUGAGCCCUGAUGGGGAAGUGUUGCAUACCCAAGGUCCCAUUGAUGGCAGUCUGUAUGCAAAAGUGAGAAAGAAGAGCUCUUCAGACAGCAGCAUCCCUGGUGUUGCUCAGGGUGUUCAUGUUACAGGCAGUCCUGAUCACAGUGAUCAUACCCUAUCUGUCAGUAGUGAUUCUGGACACUCCACAGCUUCCAUCAGAACAGACAAGACUGAGGAACGCAUUGUCCCAGGAGUUAAAUGGGGUUUGAGCCCACAAGAGAAGGCAGAACUGGACCAGCUACUUAGUGGCUUUGGUCUGGAGGAUUCUGUCAGCACUGCCAAAGAUAUGACUGAUGCUCAAAACAAAUACAGUGCUACUCACCACAUAGUGCCAGCUCACAUUCACAUGAAUGAAGUCACCAAAAUGAAGGACAGGGAGACUGAUAUUCUGGAUGAUGAAAUGCCUAGUCAUGACCUUCACAGUGUGGACAGCAUUGGGACGUUGUCUUCCUCAGAAGGGCAACACUCCACCCACCUAGGGAACUUCAGUUGCCACAAGAGCAGUCAAAACUCACUUCUUUCAGAUGGCUUUGGAAGUAAUGCUGGGGAAGAGCAUCACAAUGCUUUUGCUGCAGACCUGGGAAUUGGUGUGGAUUCCGUCUUUGAGAGGUCAUUUGGAAGCACUGAGCCAAAGUCAACUGAGCAAUUGCAACAGAAUCCUUCUAUCUCACCCCAUCCACAAGCCUAUGGCCCAAGUAACUACUCUACUCAGACCUGGGUACGCCAGCAGCAGAUGGUCACUGCUAACCAAUAUGGUUUUGCCCCAGAGAAUGAAAUUAGGGUUGGCAUUCAUAACACUGUGGAGCAUUUGGGCAGUGUCCAGAGCCAGUCUCAAGUCCCAGAUGCUCCAACACGUAGCUCUAGCAGCAGACAUGCUGUGCAGAGAGGGCUAGGAAGCAUGCUGGGUGCUGCAGAAGCUGAAGAACACGCAAGUGCUGACAAUUUUAAGUCAAGGCAAAUGCCUCAGAGGAACACAAAUGGCCUGGAUCUAGGACAAAAUGCUGGGGACUUGCCAGCUUCUCCAACUUUGGAUAUUGAUCAGUCCAUUGAACAAUUGAACAGGCUGAUCUUGGAGUUAGACCCUACAUUUGAACCUCUCCCAACUCACAUUAACACUCUCACCAGUGACAGAAAUCAAGUAAAUGGCUUCAGCAGCCUUGAUGCACACAUGGAAGAGCUUAACAGUAGUUCUGGCUUCCACGACAGAUUUGAGGUCAGAAACAGGAAUGCCUCUGGACAUGCAACAGGUAUGCAAGAUGAUGAUGCAACAGGGAAAAGGCUCAGAAAGUUAAGUGUUGGGCAGUAUGACAAUGAUAUACCUGGGGAAUCAUCAUAUAACAGGUGUGGAUGGAUGAAGUCUCCUGCGAAUCACCAGGCUGUAAUUCCAAGAUCACCAAUUGCUGGAGGGAAAACCAAAGAGAUGACUGUUGUACAUUACCAAGAUGAAAUAGAUGGGGGAAUCUUCUCCACAAUAAAAAAUGGAAAUGAAGCUGUCACAUUCACAUCAGCUUUUCCCCUGUCACCAGAGGUGACAUAUGUGACAGCACCUUCACCAUGCCAUCAGCAGAUUCCCUCCAGCCAAAAGGUCAGCAGCCCAUCUGAGCUGUACAGAACCAUUUCUGAAUCUCAAAGUUACAUGGAAGCCAUUAACCUCUCUGUGGUGAUGUCUGAUGGCACCGUGGGCACUAACUCUUCUAUGCUGAGGGCCAACAUGCAGACUGAUCCCUCUUUUCAGCGCUGUUUUGCGUCUUCAUGUACUGUUGCAAAUAGCAGUCCUAUCCCGGGGGCAGAAAGCUCUUCUGCUGCAGAAUAUCCUUGGCUUGAAAACGGCUCUAAAGCUUCCCUGUCAACCCAGUUUUCAGUGGGAAACACCAGGCAGCCAGGAGGUUACCUUGUGCCCUCUGAAUUUUCAAGUGCUGUGCAGGAUGUCUCUCUCCUGUCUCAUUUCCAAACUCCAGGAAUGCAAGUUGUCACCCUGGGCAGCCUGGAGAGUUCACCAGCAAAGCCACACCAAGAACAUGAUAUCAGCAGCAGUGCCCAUGCCUACCUGAGCUACAGCACUGGUACCAGGGACAGUAGCUCCCCCCGAGAGGAGACACAAGCUGCUUGCAUAGCCGGUGCUAGCACAUCUAAAACGCUGAGCUCAUCAGUGCCAAGUGCUGAUGACAAUGACUUUUUGUCACAAAACUUUCUUACAGUGGCCUCUGGACACAACAGCCAGAACAGUGCAGUUCUGGAUCACCAUGGAGGGAACCUACAUGCUCAACCACCUCUUCCAGAGAAGAAGAGAUCCUCUGAAGGAGAACGUUCCUUUUGCUCUGUGUCACCUUCUUCAAGUGGCUUCUCUAGCCCUCACAGUGGAAGCACAAUCAGCAUUCCCUUCCCAAAUGUCCUCCCAGAUUUCUCAAAAAUGUUAAGCCCUUCCCCAGUGCCAGAAAACACAGCUGAUAAACAUGUGACCGUAAAAUUUGUUCAGGACACAUCCAAGUUCUGGUAUAAGCCAGAUAUUUCAAGAGAACAAGCCAUUGCUGUUCUCAAGGAAAAGGAACCUGGGUCUUUCAUUGUUCGAGACAGUCAUUCUUUCCGGGGAGCCUAUGGGCUAGCAAUGAAAGUUGCCACACCACCUCCUUCUGUGCUACAGUUAAAGAAAGCUUUCUUUUUCAACGCAGUUGGAGAUUCGUCAAAUGAACUUGUAAGGCAUUUUCUGAUUGAAUGUACUCAAAAGGGGGUACGCUUGAAAGGAUGCCCGAAUGAACCAUAUUUUGGGAGUUUGACAGCUCUAGUGUAUCAGCAUUCCAUCACUCCACUGGCAUUGCCCUGCAAGCUCCUCAUCCCAGACAGAGAUCCCUUGGAGGAGAUAGCAGAAACUUCUCCACAAACUGCUGCAAACUCAGCUGCAGAGCUUCUCAAACAGGGUGCAGCUUGUAAUGUUUGGUACCUGAAUUCAGUAGAGAUGGAGUCCCUCACAGGAUACCAGGCAGUACAGAAAGCAUUGAGCCUGACGUUGAUGCAAGAUCCAUCUCCUGUCUCAACUGUUGUCCAUUUCAAGGUGUCUGCUCAGGGAAUCACACUGACAGAUAAUCAAAGAAAACUCUUUUUUCGGCGACAUUAUUCAGUCAACACUGUUAUUUUCUGUGCUUUGGAUCCACAGGACAGAAAGUGGAUGAAAGAUGGCCUUUCUGCAAAAGUGUUUGGGUUCAUUGCCAGGAAGCAAGGCAGUGCCACAGACAACGUCUGCCACCUCUUUGCAGAGCAUGAUCCAGAGCAACCUGCCAGUGCUAUUGUGAACUUUGUAUCAAAGGUCAUGAUUGGAUCCCAGAAGAAGAUCUGAUGCCUUUCCAUCCUUGAUUCAGAACUCUUCGCUGACUUCACUGAAGGAAAUCACUGUGAGAGGGAGAAAAGCUAUUCAGCAACAAUGUCUGAAUAUUGUCAUUCCCAGUAAGGAAAGCAGAGGAUGAUCUGUGUAUUGUGUUUGCAAGAGCUCAGGCUUUUUCUUCAAGAUGCCUUACAGAGCAUUAUUUUUUGUUUUUAUAUCAGAGGACAAAACAAAAGAAGCUGGGUGCCACCCUAAACCACAUAGCCUUUACCUGAAUGAAGCAUAAAUGAAGAACUUUUCUUCUGAUGGGUUUCUAAUGUAUCUUCAUAUGCUGUUUCUCAUAGUUUAUUGGAGCAGAAAUACUUAGUAGAUUGCACUACUUUUUUGUUCAGGAAGUGUUCUGUAAAACCUCCACAGAGACACUUGCCAUGGUUGCAUCAAUGGUAGUUAUAGGCCUUACAAAUGUGCUUUUAGGAGAAUGAUCAUCUGAGGAAAACUAUUUGCUCUUCCCUAUGUCUUUGUGAUCAGUGAUGAGAACUGAAUGGAGAAAGGGGAAGGCGUAUGUGAAGAGAACGUUUGUGCAAGUUGUUUUAUGGUAAGAAAGGAGAGGCAGUGUGGAAUAUUCAGGAAGAUUGCUCUGUGUUUAGUGUUAAGAAGGCUGAGCUGUUUUAGUUUGAAAAUUUUUCAAUAGAGCAGAAUUGGCAGAACAAAAAGGGGUGUGAAAAUCUGUUCUAUAAUAAGGGGGUUUUUGUAAUUUUUUAAAUAUGGAGAACUAAGCAGGGAAGAUUAAGCAUUUUAGUAAUUACAGGAUAAAAAUGAGGGAAAAGCAAAGAGGAAGAUUGUAUAAUUUAUGCAUUUUUACUAGUGACAGAUUAUUUAUAGUGGAUCUCAGAUCUUGGUAUGUCAGAGAGAUAAUUCUUAAACUAGACCACUGUUGAGGUUUACCUUUAGCACUAUUUUGUGUAAGUAAAUGCUUGUGUAGCCUGUGCCUUGCUAGAGAAGAUAGUCUGAUAUUUUGUCUUUCGUCUUACAGUGACAAGACACUUCCCAUUUUCUGCCUCUGCAGUACUGUUUUAUUCCCCUACGUAAUAUGUAACUAUAUUUACGGACUCUUCUACCCCAUUAUUUUGCUGGAGUUUUGAGGAUUAUUUUACCUUUUUUUUCCCAUCUGUAGGAACUAUAUUUGAUUUGUUAUUCCUUGAUCUAGGGAAUCUGAAAGUGAAUGGAAUUUAUUUUGUUACUUCGUCCCAUUUCUUGAGAGCAUUUAUGUCAUGAUUUCUACAUCCAGCACGCCUGUACAUAUCUCUUUAUCUUUCUUAACACAUUGAUAUUUGAAAUACAUAAGAAAGUGCUAUUUAGCUUUAUAGAAAAUUGAUGCAGUAGGUUACAGUGGAAGCCUGCACAGGGAGAGUAAGCCAUUGAGAUCUCCUGUGUAGUUCCCACUCAUUCAAAAAGAGCAGUACUAGAUCCCUGUAUGAGAACUGAUGGUUAUAAUGCAACUGUAGAGUGGCAAGUGCUGAAAAAUUUCAUUGAUUCGGUUUCUUUCAUGUGUAGCUGUCAACAUUAUGUUAAUAACCUGAGGAAUAAAAUAACAUUCUGUAUUUUGUAUGUUGAUAGAUGAACCACUUUAUCCACUUGUAGAUUUUAAUCCUUUUAUUCACCAAUUUGAACUACAUUUGCCCUGUAUAAAAUAUGGGGGUUUUUUAACAGCUCUCUUUAUAUUUCCUGAAGUAUUAGGACUGUGUUAAACCUUAUUCAGUGACCAUAGCUGAAGUGUUACCAAAUCAUUUGUGUAACUACCAAUUUUAUGUAAAUAACUUUGUGUUUUUUAAGAGGAAAGUGGUGAGGAAGAGAGAGAGAGAAGAAAUAUAUGAAGUUUAAUGUAUUUGGACCAGAAAGUGGUUUAUUAGUAGCAGUAGGCAUUGGAUAUCUGUAGAAGGGUGAAGCAAUCCAAAGUGCUGAAUUCAGUAGCUACUACCAUUGAAGCAAAAAAGGCAAGUACCUCUGAUUAGUGAUUUUUUUUUGGCACAGAGGUAUACUACUUAAACAGUGUUUAUAUACCAUCCAAGAAAAAGAAUGCAGUUCUUACAUCUAGGAGCUUUGCUCCUUUUAUAAAAUGUGAGAACAAGUUUUCUUUUAAGAUUCUUUUGGUGUACUAAGAGUCCAGUUGUCUAAUCUCAUCACCCUGUUGGAGCCCACAGAAAUUCUUCAGUUGGCAUUUCAAGUAGAUUUAAGUCUCAAUUAGAUUUUAAUCUGAUGUGUCGUAAGAAUUCGAAUGAGGAGGAUUUUUUAAACUAUAUUUUUUCUCUUAUGUAGAUAAUAAAUUUUAGUGUGUCUUCUUAGACAUUAAGUGUUGGCCUUUGGGCUGAAAAUAAAAUGUCUUUUUUUCCCCGUGUAUUGUCAUUUCCAUUCAGGACCUUAUUUUAUAUUCCUUGUGCUUUCUCAAGGUCUGCUGAAUACAAAAGCAUGAGGGAUUGCAUGCUGACACUCCUGGUGGUAUUUUCUGGGAGUUUAGCUCUACUUACUAAGUGGGAAAAAAGAAGUUACCCUGUUUCUAAGGGAGGUUUUCUAUUUUGCAUUCCUUUGGAUGGUAUAUUGCCAUGUGCAUUUGCUUUUUAAUGAAUUUUAAAAUGGACAAAGCAAGAUAGUUCAAUAUGUACCAUUAUGUAGUCCAUGUAGAAAAAUAUUCAUGGAACUUUUAUGUUCAUGGCGAAUAUAAGACUAAUCUUUAUACAGCACUUUCUUUCAAGAUUUUUGGUAGAUGUGUAUAUGCAAUUUCAUAACUAAUGGCAGCAAGUUGACAUAUAUUUACCCAGACCCCUCUUAAUGUGGUUCAUAAAUACAUUAUUAUAAUCAUACAGAGUUAAACUACAAAAAUGCUAAAAGCCACGUUUUUUAUUAACGGUUUUGUGUAUCCAAUACUGUCAUUAAAUAUUUAAUAUUUCUUUCUUGGUUUUUCCUACUAGUGAAAAUUUUAAUUUUUUUUUCUUGAAACUGUAAAGAAGCAUCUAAAAGUCUUCAGUAUAUAAAUGAAUGUUCCAUAAAUUCUUUGUAUAGUCAUUUUCUCUGCUCUUCAGAUACCGCCUCUUUCAGAUUAUAAUAAAAUUACAAAAGUGAAAUUCCACCACUCAGUGUCACAGAGCAGUCUAUUUCGAAUGAAAGUUACCUUCUGGCAUUCAAAAUCAGCUAGUAAGCAAAACCUUCAUGAGUUAAUAAUUUGGGUGCUGGGGUUUAGUUGUAAGAAGUGUUUGAGAUUUCCUUCAAGUACUUCAGAUGAGCCUGUGUUACUGGUUCAGGUCAGUUGAAGUGGAUGAUUUUCCUAGUUAAUAUGUGGCUAUAAUGGUAUAAAAGUAUCUAUUGCUUGCAUUGCAUAUUUUAGUAAGAAGGAAGAAUAUGAUACCAUCCUCUGAGAUAUUGUAACCAUUUAACUUUGCCUCCACUCUGCUUAUGCUGGAAAACCUUCCAGAGGGGGCUGAGAAAUUUAACCCCUGGCUGAAACAGGUACAAAAACCGUGCAUCAGCCAGACAGUGAAGGUUGAGUUAUAUACAUGCUUUAUCAGGGUUAUUUCUCAGACUGAUAAACUCUGGUAUGUCAUGCUUAUGCCUUUUCUGUGAGUGCCUUGGUUUGAAAAGACAGGUGUCUGCUGAGGAAGGCAGGAGCCUCCCCUGAAAUGGAAAAUGUAAACCCCCUGCCUCUGAAUUGUUAUAAUUUUGAAAUUAAGGGGCUCUCAGGCAAAGAUAUGGGAGCAGGAAUAACAGUUCUUUAUUAGGGGAGAAAAUUAAAAUAAAAAAUGCAGUAAUACAAAACAACACUGACGGAGUCAGAAUACCACCUCACACCCUGUUGGUCUGGGUGUUGGUAGCAGUCCAAUUGGAAUUGUGGCUGCAGUCCUCCUGGAGUGACAGAUGUGGUUCUGUUGAAGCAGUGAUCAUGCAGAAGGGUGUAGUUUCCCUCUGAAGGCCCAGUGGUGGUGUAGAGGGGCCUGGUCUUCCUCUGGGAAUCCAGUGGAAAAGAAAGUGCUCCUCUGGGAAUCCAGUGGAAAAGAAAGUGCUCCUCUGGGAAUCCAGUGGAGAACGCUGACUGUGGUGUUCCAAAUCUCAGAUUAUAUCCAGGUAGGAGUGCUUGGCUCCUCCCUCUGGGCGAAGCAUCUCACAGUGGGAUGAUGUAAUUUUAUCAGUCUGCAGUGAGACUCAAUGGCCCAUUAGCAGAAGAUAUCUCCCGGGAGGGAGGGUUGAUUGCGAAAGAGAUAAAGAAAAACUGCCCAAUUAACAGAAGAUAACUGCCAUACCUUUAACAGGUGAUAAUAGAAUACAGACCUCCACCCGCAUCUUGCAACCCAGGACAGUGAGGCAUACACUGGCAGGAAUUUUUCGUUCUGUGUGCUUGACUGUCAUUCAUCAGUUUGUGAGGUUUGUGCAUGGUUGUAAAGUGACAUUUGUCCAUUAAAAGUGUUGGUCUUUUAUUAGAAUGAAUUAUAAUGUGAGCAGAUGACAAGGAUGCAAUAGUAAAAUGAUCUUUUGUGUCAAGAGUCCAGUCUAUCCUGUUAAACUCUUGUCCUUGAACCUGGAUGCCAUUGUGUAUGUGUGCUGCUGUUAGGUGCAUUUUAAGGCUGCUCUGCAUUUUAAGUCUUUGCUCCAGGGGAAGAAAAUCUGCUAUCACGAUUCAUCCUAGAUAAUUUCACAACUAGUUUAUAUGCAGUUGUUCUUAUACCAGUGUUCCCUUAGUAUGAAUAACUGUUCUCUCCUUGAGAUAUUUAUAGCAGGAAUUCUGCUCCCCCUAGUGUCCCUCAGUCUUCUUUUGGCAAGGCUAAACAAGUCAGCAUUCGGCUUUUUUGUGCUUUUGUGUUUGAAAGGCUGAUUUUUGUCCAUUAUGUAAUUUCUUUGGACAGACCAUUAAGUAUACAGCCAGACACUGUAUAAAAGGGGCAGAAGCUGCUGCCUUCUAAUCUUUUAAAUGUUUGUAUUAGAAAACUCUUGGAACAAGAAAACUUGGCCCACGAGAUAGGCAGAAUAAAUCUCUCAUGUGCUUUUGCUGUUGAUACCUAGAAUAAAGAUUACGGUAAUAUAAACUGUAUCAGGCAGUGUGGACAAAGGAAAUCACAAGGGCAAAUAGCUGAAGAAGUUUUUAAAAGCCAUAGUCAGAAACAGGAAGCUUGCAGGAGACCUAACACAUCGGGCGAACUACCAAGAGGGCAAUGGGGAGCUUUUUUAGAGAAUUUAAGGAUCUUGCUGAAUAACUGAGAAGGAAUUUGCAUCACAUGUCACAAGGGAUAUCAAAUUGGAACUCUUCCCUUUCUUUGAAGACAUUUAGUGUCUCACAACAUACAAAUGUUUGGACCAGUUUUAAUGUUUUAUUAUUUUAUUAUCUUCCCUUUCUUUGAAGACAUUUAGUGUCUCACAACGUACAAAUGUUUGGACCAGUUUUAAUGUUUUAUUAUUUGCAGAAUCACAGGGUGGUUGAGGGUGGGAGGGACCUAAAGAGAUCAUCUAGUCCAACUGUGUUGCUUAAAGAGGAACAUCUAGAGCCAUUUGCUCAAACAGCUUAAAUUUACUGGGGGUAGAAUCUCCAGUCUCCCUGGUCAAUCAAUGGUAAUUCUUAGUCACCCUUACAAUGUUUCUUAAUAUUCAGAGGUAACCUCCUGAGUUUCAGUUUGUGCAAAUCACCUCUUGUCCUGUUAAGGAGCAUCACUGGAAAGAGUCUGGCACCCUCCCUGUAUUUAUACACAUAGAUGAGCUCCCCCUGAGCCCUUUUUGCCAGGCUGCACAGCUUCCACAGCCUCAGUUUUGUGUCAUCGACAAACUUCCAGAGGAUACACUCUGCCUGAUCAUCCAUCCAGAUCAUUGAUUAACAACAUGGUAUGAAGGACCCAACCCAGUAUGGACCCCUGGGGUAGACCACUAGUUACUGGCCUCCAACUAGACCUUGCACUGCUCAUCAGCUGUGUCAGCACCCAGCUAUGCAGGCAGUUUCCAACCCACUUCACUGUCUGCCUGUCUAGAUACAUCGACAGCUUGUCUAUGAGGGUGUUGUCCGAGACAGUGUCAAAGGCCAAACUGAAGUCCAGGAAGACAGUAUCUGCUGGUUUCCCUUGAGCUAAGCCACUCAUUUCAUCACAGAAGGUGGAUCAGGGAUGACUUCCCCUUAAUGAAGCCAUGCUUUGUGGAGGUGGACAGAGGGGCUGGAGUACCUCCCCUGUGAAACAGACUGAGUGACUUGGGAUGGUUUAGCCUAAUAAAGUGAAGGCUCCAGGGAGACCGGUUGUGGUCUUAAAGUUCCAGUACUUAAGGAAGGCUUACAGCAAAGAUGAGGAAGGACUCUUUAUCAGACAGUAUAGUGAUUGGAUGAUGGGUCGAGUAAUGGUUUUAAAGAGAAAGAGGGUAAGUUUAGAAGAGGAAAUUCUUUGAGUCAAAGGGUGGUGAGGCACUGGAACAGGUUGUCCAGAGAAGCUGUGGAUGCCCCAUCCCUAGAAGUGUUCAAGGCCAGGUUUGAUGAGGCUUUAAGCAACCUGAUCUAGUGGAAGAUUUUCCUGCCCUUGUAGAGAUCUUUAGGGAUCUUCUCCAACUCAAAACAAUUCUAUGAUCUAUGAUUCUGUGGCCCACAAACAGGUGGUGCUUUGCCUUGCAAAGAUUUCGUCUCUAGGUACACAAUUUCAGCAGUGUUUUAUGGAAGGUGUUCCAGGUUGCAGCUAAUCAGUGGUGCCUUUACAGUAAGGUAAGCAGUGUUUACAAAUGGAUUCACCUCAAAUUUCUGCAUGACCUUUUAAAAAAACUAAGUCUUUAAAAUCAUUAAAAUACAUUUUUACAUAAUUGUAAAAAUCUUCUGAUGUCUUUGAUAGUGUUAUUUGAAGAGUUGUUUGAAAAGCAGAACUAACUUUUUAUGUAACAAUGAGUUAUUUUCUGUUACAUACUGUCCUCAAAUUUUAUUUUAAAUAUCUACAACUAUUUGUAUCCAGUCUAAAUAAAUCUGACUUUUGGAUUU